AUGCCAAUUUUUCCCGCAAGCCCUUUGCAGCCGAUCAAGAAUGGAUGGCAUAUUUUCUCGGACCUUGUUUGCAACAAGUUGACCGAAGGAGCUGAAAGGUUCUUGAAAACGCAGCUCAUGACGGCCAUGUCCGUUGUUGAGCGAUACGUCAAAUUCCGCGGUGUCCUAUAUGUGGAUUCUAUGGAGGAGAAUCGUGUCACGCCUGCAACAGAAAAGAUUCUCACCUGGCUUUGGCUUUUCUGUGGCCAGGACUACAUGCCCAAUGUCACGGUUGUCACAACCAGAUGGGACGGCUUGGACGCGGAUGGCAUCGAAACCAAGAUGGCUAGAGUUGAGAAAUGGCGUGCAGAAGGGCUGCUGCAACGUUUCUUCGAGCAUGGAGCGAGCAUUUACCACCAUGGACUCGUAAUGGAGGGAGGGAAUUACAAAACAUUGCAUAUCGAGAGGCAGGCCGAGAGGCGUCGGGUCCUCGCUCGGGAUGCAAUCACGGCGCUCUACCAGCACCCACCAGCCUCAAGCUUCAGAUUUAUACCGAAAUCGCGAAUGGGGCUACCAUCGACACAACUCUCGCCGGCAGAUGGCUAA